UUUUUAUUUUGGCAUCAUAGAAAUUGAAACUUUCUCUUUAGUCUACAAAUUCAACGGUGGAUUUAUUUACCAGCGAUUGCACUGCUACAUAAAACGUAAAAACCUGCUAUUGCCUGAAGUUUGGAACAAAUGCACUCUGACCUCGAACAUAUAGUGUAGUGAGCGAGAUGCCGCAGAAGGGUGAGGACGUGUGUGCGGAGCUCCCGGACUUUGCAGAUGCCUUGGAGGAGUCUGAACAGGUACUACGAAAAUGCUUCAAGCAAUACAAAACCGAUGAAGUGUUCCUGUCCUUCAACGGCGGCAAGGACUGCACCGUGCUCCUGGACAUAGCCAUCAAUGUGCUGACCGACAUAUACAAAGACAAAUCUGUGAUAAAGAACCUUAAGGUGUUGUACAUAAGGACUAACAGUCCAUUUAGAGAGCUAGAAGCGUUCGUGAAGCAAGUCCAGCUCCACUAUGGCAUCACACUUGAAGUAACGGAAGGCGAGUUGAAAAGCACCUUGCAAAGAAUUUUAGACGAAGACAGUAGGCUAAAAGCGUGUCUAAUGGGCACGAGGCGGACCGACCCGUAUAGUCAAGAUUUGCAAUUUAUACAGAAAACUGAUGCCAACUGGCCCCAAAUAAUGCGGGUGUCUCCGCUGCUGAACUGGUCGUACCACCAGAUAUGGAGCUACAUCUUGGCGCGGCAGGUCCCGUACUGCAGCCUCUACGAUCAGGGAUACACAUCAAUAGGCAGCACACUGAACACGUGGCCGAACCCGGCGCUAGCCCUGGACUCGGGCUACCGGCCCGCCUGGCGGCUCGCCGACGGCACCCGAGAGCGCGCCGGCCGGGUCCCGCCCGACGCGCAGAACGGACUCAAUGAGAAAUGUGAAAACCUAUAGCCAGUUUUGUACGUAUGACGGUUAGAUGAAACCACAGAUACACGUAAAUACAUCCGCAGAUACACAUCGACCCGGCCAGCAAGCACGUAACGCGAAGGCGCGCCGGUCGGGCCUCACCCGACACCCAGAAUGGAGUCAAUGGAUCGUGAAAAUCUAUAUAGGUAUUUCCGUAUGUAUCAGUAGAUAAAAUUGAAAUUAAAUUUGAAGUUCUAUAUUAAUCGUCAGUGUUAUAAAAUAUUUUAGUACUACCUAACUAUUUAUUUAUUUGACACACAAACUUUGAUUGAAAUCCAUUUAUUUGAGUUAUUAGUUUGUCGUGGAAUUUGUAGACGUACCUAAUAUACUUAAGUAGUAAAAUUUCGAAGAUAUAAUUAUUCGUAAAAUGACUUUACUGUUCUUUUUGUUGAAAUAGUGUUCUUUUUAUGUAAUAUUUAUUGGCUAAGCAGCGUUUUUAUAUUUCAAAUACUGAAACUAUUGUUCAAUUGGCCAAUUUACUACUUAAUACCUACUUAUUAUUACCUAUAUUCGUACUUUUGUAAAAUACCAAGAAUUUCGUACCCGCCCGUUCCUAUCUCUAUCGUACGCGCGUAACGUAAUUAUAAUUUUUUUUAAUCAAUAAAUAAUGAUGUCUCGCUCAUGACAAUGACACUGUGCAAGUGGGACAGGAAUACAAUUACGCGCGUGCGAUAGAGAUAGAAACAAAGAGUAAAUGUACGAGUCUUUGUGCCUAGGGUUCUUACUUUACCAAUUUAGUACUCUGGGAUAUAAAAACAAGGUUUUAGGGGGUGGUUCACGACUGUGACUAUGGGCAAAUCAUUUAUGACACGCCCAACAUUCCUAACAUUCCUCAGCCGGGCACGGAUUUCGCUCGCGGACAGUACGUUUGCGUUCGGAAUUAUGUAACCAUGGCACAGUUUGUCAAUGCCUCGAAUAAUAGAUAAUUAUAAAUUACUAGUUAAUGAGGGCUAUCGUUUUUUUUUUGCUCACCAGUUGGCGCCUCUGUUGAUGGUGGUCCAAAAGACUAUGGAUGGUAUAGAAAGGAUGCCAAUCUCUUAUGGCAAAAUUGUUGCAAAAGUGACCGCUUUCAGCUUUAAAUAAUAGUUCCUAAUCUCUCCGGUGGCGCUAGUUAGCCUCUGGAACUCAUAAUAUAAGGCAACAAAUAACCCGACCAAAUUACGUAAGUUGUUUUUGGUAGUAAUUCGGUGUAUGGUGGCGCCGCCUAAUUACUGUUUUGAUGGACACUUUUCAUACAUAGAGAUUUGGCUCCUUUAUAUAGUCUCCAUGCAAAAGACUAAAGAACAGCUGUCAGUCAUUGAAGGGACAAGUGACAUUUCGAACUAUGGAAAAGACCAUCAUCUACACUAGCGCCCCUAGCGGCGAAUUCAUACGCGUUAGCCCUCAUUAUUUAUUUAUCAACAUAGGAGCCGUUUUAUUUACGCCUCUUACCUGUGGUUGUGCUGUAACCAACAAGCGGAAGUCUCUUUCCAAAUAAUCAAUUGGAAAAACAUACUUCCGCACAUAUUUGGGGCAUUUUCUAUAAAUAGGGACCUUAUUGUUGAUGGCGCUUACGCCACACAGCUGCGCGCGGCAUUGUAGUUAUAUCGGAGCAUCAUUAAUAAUGGCGUAAGCGCCAUCGACAAUAAGGUCCCUUUUUAUAGAAAAUACCACAUUUAAGGCUACAGGCGUUUAUAUAAAAUGUGCGACACUAUUUUGUGAUAUUUGUGUUCAUACAUCACGCCCUUCUGUCGACGUAAGAUUUUUAAAUUAAGUACUUACCUGCCAGAUUCACGUAAAUAACCAUUGUAAUGCAAUUUAGAUGCGUAAGUUUUAUUUUUAAUUAUUUUAGCUUCAAUUAAGAUUUCUCAGCAAGUUAUCUCUAAGUACUUAUUUUUAAUUAACGUACUUAAAAUAUUUUGUGUGGAAAAAUAAUUAUGGCAAAUUGAAUUGUCAAGAUGUUAAAAUAAUCACCGAACGGAUUCAAUCAAAGACCUUAGUCCACCAAUUGGGAGAGCUAGUAGACAUUUAAGAAUAGGUACCCGUAAAAAUUUCAGCUUGCCUCCAGAACAUUAUUUACGCAAAAAAAAACAUAUAUUAAACGACCCCAGCCAGGUCUGCAGUUCUUUGUUAGGGUAUGAUAGGAGUAGCAUGAGACAAAUUAAUAUCAAAUUUUUAGCUUGGAUAUACCUACUCUAAAAUGUCUCUCAGUAGUCUCGGACCAGUAGUAAUUCAGAGAAUAAGGAAUGUCUAUUGAAAACCUGCGCCCUAGACCUCUGGGAUCUUUAAGGGGCUCCCCGCGGUUUUCAUCGAUUUUUGACGAGUUUUGAGCCCUUACGGCCCGGCCACGACAUCGCGCGGCGGCUGCAACGGCGAGCGGCGGCCAUAGGUUGGAGCGAGACAGCGAUCGGACCUUUCGUUCCCACCUUCGUUCGCCGCGCGUUGUCGUGGCCGGGCCGUUACUCCCUACAUUUGCACUACAGAUAGAAUUACAAGACAAACGGCUAUCGGUUCUUCAAUCUUUUAUCUCCAUUCUUGUCUGCCGGAUUUUGAAAGAAAUGAAUACUUAUAUUUUAAUGAUUUUUUUAAAAAUUGUCUUUAAAAACACUUUUUUCGUAACUUGAUUGCUGUGAAGGAUCUUACAUAUACGAAAUCUACAUAUUUGGGUUCGUCUUUGACGUCUCUAAAAAUUGGUCAGAGAUUUUAAUUUUAAACUAAUUAACACAAAAGCUAUGGCUAGAAAACCAGUUUUUUGGCCUAAAAUUGUUCAACGUUGAUGCCAAAUAUCUCGAAGCCAAUGAACUUUGAAAUAAAUAUGGAAUACUAUAUUGCUUAAAGCCGUUGCUGUUAAAAUGAUAAGCUGCAAAAAACAUUAGAAAACUAAGGAAUUUAGAUCGAAGGUCAUUGGCGCCAGGGAGCCCCUUAAAUGCCGUAAUUCUACUUAAAAUCUUGUGUUAAAUUUAUUUCGACUAAAAUACAUUCACUGCCAAGAACCCGCUAGGUGUGUUCAUUUUGUAUUGGAAAUGGGGCGCUUGGCCCUGAAUGUGUUAAAAAUAUCUGUCUGUCUCUCUCGAAGUCUGUUGUCAUUGGCGUUUUAAGUCUUUUUACAUUCAUUAUUUUUAUUUAUGUAUUGAAAUUUCUUACUACUACUAUUGUUGAUUGAUUUUAUAUAAAAUGUAUAGUUUUAUGGUGAUCCAAUGCACUAUUUUGUUGUAUAAAUAUUUAAAUGAAACAAUGUUAAUGUUUUGAACAAGCGUAACACAAUAGUUUAACACCAAAAUAUUACGGUGAUAGUUCAAAUAUACGAAUUUAAUUUUAUUGUU